GCAGGUGUUCUGAUUUCAGAUGGUUUCCAAAUGGGAUCUAAAGGUGUCCUACAAGAAACUAGUGGUCUCUAAUGGUAACCAUUAAGCCAUUUCCCAUUAGAAAGCAAGACCAUCAGGUUUUAAUCCUGAUGAUUCUAAUGGUCAGCAGGGUAAACAGUCCUGUUCAGCCCAAAGUUGAGCCUUUGCUGUUACCCAAUCAGAGCGCUGGAGGCGGGGCUUGACUGAAUACGGGUGGGAUUUAAAAUAACGACCGCUACGCCUGUUUCUGUGAUAUCGUGGUUCCAGCGUGAAGCCGCUUCGGGCCAGGUUGUGGCGCUAAUUCUGUAACUAUAACCAACUGUCUAUCUCCAACUGCACUAAAGCGGAGAAGCAGAAGGUUGUGUUGUGCUCAGCAGUCCACGCCUCCGCGCUCAUACAGUGUUGUUGGAGGAACAAAACUGAACUGUUGAAGAAACAUAUGAUGUCCUGUUUCAAGUCUUAAAUGUGCUUCUGUAAACACGUAAGGACAUUCCACAAAGUGGAAUGCUGCUGAAAACAGGUGACAUAUAAGAAUAUGGCAUCCAGAAGACAUUCCGUUACUCAACAAAUGUCAUCUGGUACCCUCCACAUGAACACAUCUGACAGACGAACACAGAAGUGCAGCAAGGAGAAAAAUCACUACUGUUCAGAAUGUGGGAAGAGUUUUACUCAACAUAGUCAUCUCACACAACACCAGCGCAUUCACACAGGAGAGAAACCGUAUCACUGUUCAGAGUGUGGAAGGAGUUUUAAUCAACAGAGUAAUUUCCAACAGCACCAGCGCAUUCACACAGGUGAGAAACCGUAUCACUGCACAGAGUGUGGGAAGAGUUUUAAUCAAAAGACUCAUCUCCAAGAACACCAGCGCAUUCAUAGAGGACAGAAGCCAUAUCACUGCCUGGAGUGUGGGAAGAGUUUUAAUCGUCAGAGUCAUCUCCAACAACACCAGCUCAUUCACACAGGAGAGAAGCCGUAUCACUGCUCAGAGUGUGCAAAGAGUUUUAGCCGUCAGAGUCAUUUCCAAGAACACCAGCGCAUCCACACAGGAGAGAAGCCGUAUUACUGCUCAGAGUGUGGGAAAAAUUUUACUCAACAGAGUAAUCUCCAAACACACCAGCUUAUUCACGCAGGAGUUAAACCAUAUCACUGCUUAGAGUGUGGGAAAAGUUUUGCUCAGCAGAGUUCACUCCAUCGACACCAGCGCAUUCACACAGGAGAGAAGCCAUAUUACUGCUCAGAAUGUGGGAAGAGUUUUACUCAGCAGAGUUCUCUCCAACAACACCAGCGCAUUCACACAGGAGAGAAGCCAUAUGACUGCGCAGAGUGUGGGAAGAGUUUUAAUCGCCAGAGUCAUCUCAAACAACACUGGCGCAUUCACACAGGAGAAAAGCCGUAUUACUGCUCAGAAUGUGGAAGGAGUUUUACUGUACAGGGUCAUCUCCAGCAACACCAGCGUAUUCACACAGGAGAGAAGCCGUAUUACUGCUCAGAGUGUGGAAAGAGCUUUAGCUCAAAUUGUAAUCUGAAAGCACACCAGCGCAUUCACACGGGAGAAAAGCCAUAUCAUUGCUUAGAGUGUGGGAAGAGAUUUAAUCAACAGAGUCAUCUCAAAACACACCAGCUCAUUCACACAGGAGAGAAGCCAUAUCACUGUUUACAGUGUGGGAAGAGUUUUACUCUGCUGAGUAAUCUCAAAACACAUCAACGCAUUCACACAGGAAAGAAGCCGUAUUACUGCUCAGAGUGUGGGAAGAGUUUUAAUCAACAGAGUUCAUUUCAAAAACACCAGCGCAUUCACACAGGAGAGAAACCGUAUCACUGCUCGGAGUGUGGGAAGAGUUUUACUGUACAGAGUACUUUCGAAAAACACGAGCGCAUUCACACAGGAGAGAAGCCAUAUCACUGCUCAGAAUGUGGGACGAGUUUCAAUCGACAGAAUAAUCUCAAAACACACCAGCGCAUUCACACAGGAGAGAAGCCGUAUUACUGCUUAGAAUGUGGGAAGAGUUUUACUCAGCAGAGUUCUCUCCAUCAACACCAGCGCAUUCACACAGGAGAGAAGUCGUAUUACUGCACAGAGUGUGGGAAGAGUUUUAGGCAUUCAAACCCUGUGAAGACACACAAAUGUACUAAGAGCAGUGGUGGAAGUCAGCAGUAAUGAGUGUAACUUUAACACCAUGCUGGGAGUUUGGAAGGAAUGGUGCAUCCAGCCCACAUUUAAAAAAAUCUAAAUAAUUAUUUUUGAAGAGAACAUUUAUUUUUGUUUUACACUGUUUUACACUGAAGUAAAAAAUGCAAUAUAAUUUCCUGUGCUGAACACCAAGUCAGGCCUACAGCCCACGCACCAAUGUUGACAAUGGUGUGACAACCUGUUGUUUUGGUGCCCACAACAUUGUCACAAAGUUGAACUGUAAUUCCUCAGAAAGUUGUGACAAUGUUAUCUGACAGCAUUUACAAACGUUGCCACUACGUUGUCACAGUACGUUGUCGUAACCUCCAUUAUGUUGUGAAUGGAACUCCAUGGAAUUUUGCUAAGUGGCCAACAGGUAGUCAUAACACCAUAUGACAACGUUACUGAAUAAUGAAGUUUCUUCAUUAGUUGCAGUACUGCUUCAGUACACAACAGUGUAUUUAUAUCGCCGUAGCCUGUGGUCAUCUUAACGGCUGCAAGGACUACUGCAAUACAAUGCAGUAAUAGCAUGACACCUGCCUUGUUGGAACAUCACUGCCACAAUCAUAUUUCUGGAAUAAAACAUAUGGGGCAGGACUUGAGAUAUACGAACUAAAACACUCUCUAAAUGUAUGAUUACAUAACACUAAAACUAAACACUAACUCUAUCAAAGAAUUGUUAUUGACGCCACAGCAGUAACAGACAUAGCACCCCUUUCAGCCCCUUAGUGUUGAGAUCAUAUUAACUGGUAGAGAGAUUGUUCAGGGAGGUGCUUAGUAAUGAUCUCAUUGUCUUACAGAUUUAAAAAGGUACAGUUCAAGAUAGGUGGCAUGCUCAAGUGUUAUUAACCGUCAUUGAAUGGUCUGAAGAUUUGGCAAAAAAGGGUUAAUUUUGGUAGCUCAUUCGGAAAAGAAGACCUUGCUAUAUCAUGACUUAUAGUGAUUUAUUAUUUUUCUUCACCAUUAGAAAACCUGUUUUUGUCUAAAAGUUCUCUGAAUAAAAUGACAAGGUGAAUAAUGUUUUUUGGCUUAUAUACUUACAUAGAUUGUGCAUAUAAGCUAAACAUAUAUACACUCAAAGCAUAGCUAAGUUGGAACCCCCAAAUCUUUUUUUCAAGCUUGGUUUCAGUUAUCAUACACAUCUUUUUCCCCUCAAUGAAGACCUCUAUGCACUUAAGUUAGUAGUUGUGGUAAUGUAAUA